GUCACCGUCCGCCGCGGUCCCUGCCGCGCGGCAACGCUACUACACCCCUGUCAUCGUCCGCCGCCGGUGCCGUACCGUGCGCGCGUGCGAGUGUCGGCGGCAGCGUGACUCGGAUGACGACCGUUUAAAUCGCUGUCGCGACGUCACUGCUUCAGCUACGGCCGUCGGCGUUGCACGUUCGUUGUUCCGCGUUUCCGCACUUUCGGCAGCGGCUUCGGGCGACCGUCACGCGAUCGUAUAUCGACUCGUGUCGAACGUAUCACCACCGCGAGCGGCUGACCAAGAAGAACGCGGCGUUUGAGUGAAGGAGAACGAAAAAAAAAAAAACCAACAGUCCUAGUUGAUCGCGAGCACGUUUUCCUACGCGCACGGGCUCGCACCCUCGCGCGCACGCGUUUAUUUACGGACGCAAACAAUCGACUACCGGCACCGGUCACGUGCUAGCCCUUUAUCAUCGGUAACCAAAUAUCGAAGGCGGUUACCACCACAUCCGAGAGCGCCGGCGGUGGCGCGAACCGGAUGAUUAUGCUGGUGACGCCGACGGACGUCGUGGACCGACCCGAACAGAAAUGCGAAAGCGACGCGGAAAACAGCGGGGGUGGCAAGAAGCAACGCAAGCGGCGGAACCGUCGGAACCGCGGUCAGCGACAGCGUACCGAGGCCCAGGAACCGCUGCAGCAGGCCGGUGAUAGCGAAGACGGUGAUGGUGACGACGGCGGCGACGGUGGUAGCCGCGCGCGACCACUGAACGUGGCCACCGACUCGUCAACGACCGCGGACACUUGUAACGGACACACGGCCGACACGGCGACUGCUGCAGCUGUACCCGCGGCCGACGCCCAUACCGUCGCCGCGACAACCGAUGCCGCCGCCGCUGCCACCGAGACGGUGGUCGACGCGAACAUGGACAUACAGGCCGACGAGGACCUUGGCGAAGCCGACGACGAUCGGUAUUCGUCAUAUUCCCUGUCGUCCGCGGAAGACGACAACGGUGACGCGAACGACCCGACCGCGGACGGCGGACGUUGCGCGGCAGCGGACGCGGCCGCAUCACCGCCACCGGACGUCAUCAUGCACCACAAGCAGAACGGCAACGCGGUCAAACGGAAAGGUUCGCGGCGCGGUCGCCGCGGCAGGCGGUCGUCCAACACGCAGAUCGGUGUGCAGGUCGCGGCCGACGAUGACGCGCGGGCACUUGCCGGUGCGGUUGUCGAGGAACCGGCUCCGGUAACGAUGAAAACACCGACCGUCAGCGACAAAACCGCCUCGACGGUGUCCUCCUCGAACGCCGACGACGACGACGACGACGACGGAAUGGAUACCUCAGCCGACUCUGCGGACACUAAUAAUACCGGUUAUACCAAUGCAACGGCCGGCAUCUCUUAUUCGCAGGACGACGGCGACCGAUCGAUGGAUACGGCACUGCAAUCGUCACAGCAACAGCACCAACCGUCGCCGGAGUCGUCCGUGGUCGAACAAGCAGACGAAACGCAAGCCGGUAUCGAGCCUACUGCGGAAAACAUUACCAACGCCACGGUAUCGGCUCUGCAGGAUGUGGAGAGCCGAUUGCUCGAAGACUUCGAAUGGAAACUCAGCGAGGUCCACCGCCAAUGGAAACGCCGGUUGGCCGAUCAUGAGAGCAUGCUGGCCGAAGAGAUGGCACAGCGCCAACGUGAGCUGAACGACGACAUGGAACGCCGAGCGGUGGAGAUGGCGGAAGAGGUGAUGAAACGCGAACAGAAGAUGGCCGAGAAGAUGGUCGAACACGAACGGCAUCUAAAGAGUGUGCUGGUCAAGCGGGAGCGGGACCUGGAAGAGCGUAAGGCUGCGGAGGUGGCCGAAAGCAAGCGAAAAGUCGAGGCGAGUUUGGCAGAAAGAGAAACCGCGAUAAUGGCCGAAGCCGACGCAAAAGUUGCCAAAAGGGAGAAGGAACUCAAGCAGGAGGCGGAGGCGGCGAUAGCGAUGGCGAAACGCGAACGGCGGCUGGCCGCGGUGGAAGCGGCCAAGCGGGAACGGGAAGCCGUGGCCGUGGCCGUGGCGGAGUCCGCGAAGCGUGAACAACAGCUGUUGGCGGACGCGGCCAGGCGGGAACGUGAUAUACAGACUGAGGCGGAGCGACGGCACCGGGAACAGUUGGAAACGGAGAUGGCAAGGGCGGCCAAACGCGAGCGUGAGAUUCGCGCGGAGGCAGCGGCUCGGGAACGGCAAUUGAUCGCUGAAGCUGAAGAACGUGAGCAACGGGCGGUGGAGGCAGCCGAAAGGCAGGUGCGUCGUCAGUGGCGGCAGUGGGAGCGGGACACGGUGGCGGCUAACCGGAAAGCAGCGGAGGAGCAACAGGAACGGGCGGAACGUGACCUAGCCGCGGCCCGCACGUCGUGGGAACGUGACCGGACCGAGCGGAUUGUCGCUCUCGAAACGAGAUGGACGGAGCGCAUGCAAGAUGCGAUACAAGCGGAACGGGCUCAGGCCGCGGCUGUAGCGGAAGAGUUGCGUCGCAUAGCUCAAGAAGAACAAAAACGCGCCGUGGCCUUGGCCGUGGCGGAUGCGACUGCCGAAGUCUGUCGCAAGACUCGAGCCGAGUCGGACGCCGAGUUGGUCAAGUUACGCCGGGCGGUAGACACGACGGCUUUGUGGUACGAGGACCUGUUGGACGCGGCUCGCGCUGAAAAGGACCGUUGCAUGGAAAGAACCGAAGAGGCGGAACGGAAACUCGUCGAAACGGAACGCGGCAAGGCGAAAGCGGAGAAGGAGCUCGCGGACGUGAGGAGCCAACUAACGGAAACGGAACGUGGUCUGGCUUCCGCGAAAAGCGAUCUCGCGAACUUGGAGAGCAUUUUGUUGCACUCGGCGAACCGGCUGAAGGAAAUGGAGAGCAAGUUGUCUGUGGCGGACAGGAGAGUGUUCGAAAUGGAGCAAAAGUUGCAGGCUAGCAACGCGAGCAUGAGCGUGGGCGACGAAAGCUCGGCUUACGGUAACCGUGACGAUAAGGAGGAGGACGAAGAGAGUUCCAUAGGUUGCGGCGUAAUCGCCGACGAUGAGUACGCGGACAGCGAGGUUGAACAGAAUCGAUGUUGCGCCAGGGCCGUCAAGAGGCGAGAGGCCCAACUGAUCGUGGCCCAUGGUCUGAAAAUAGAGGAACAGCGUAAGCGACACGAGCGUCAGAUGCGCAGGCAAUUGGAGAUGUUGAUGGAUCAAAGACAGCAGCAGCUUGAGCAGCUACAGAAUCGGCAGGACAAUCGGUUGCAGCGGAAGAAUGAGCAGCAAAAGCAAUACCAGGAGCAGCAGGCGCAGCAGGCACAGCAGGAGCAGCAGGAGCAGCAGGAGCAGCAGGAGCAACAGGAGCAACAGGAGCAGCAGGACGAACAGUGGCAACUCCAGCAGCGACGACGAAAGAGUCGCGGGGGUGGCGCAGAAAGAGGAGAGGCAAGAGUUAGUAGGCCACCACCGCAGUUAUCAUCACCACCUUCCUAUAUGAGCAACGGAAGUAGUAGCAGCAGCAAGAGUAGCCGGCGUCGGAACAAGCACCGCCAACAGCAGCAACAAGCCCAGAACCAGCAAAGACCACCUCCGCCGACCACACUUACAUAUAAUAAUUUUAUUAAAUAAUACUUAAAUAAUACUCAUCACAAGAGCAGUAUGAUGAACUACAUGAUUUUGCGCUCAUCCGUACGCUAUGGAUUUUAAUAAAUUUCUAUAUUUUUACAACCUACUACUGUGUACCCAAAUUAUUUUUUUUUUAUUUAUUUAUAAAUUUAUAUUUAUUUCGUUUUAUUCUCUUUUAAGUCACGCGUUUAUUACACGCAUACUUAUUUGUACAAUUAUUAUUAUUAUUUGUAUUAUUACUGUGUUAUUUGUAUUGUUUUAUUGCCAAAUGACAUUGUGUAUCAACUAUUUUACGGAGACUACGAGAUUUCCAACCUUAUGACCUUCUUUCCAUCACCAUUAUUUUUUCAAUAAACUUCUACUUGCACAUCAAAAAAUUA